GGUUGGAUGGUUCAUCGUCGGGGCGACGAUGCAAAGGGGAGGGGUAGAUUGUAGUGAAGUGCCGCUGUUUGUUGAUGUUCUCUCUCUAGAUUGAGACUCCGCCCUAGAUGCAUGCAGGUAAUCAGCACUCAAUUCAUUGAUAGAUUAAGGUAAUUCAUUCCAAGGGGUAUAUUAAAGUGGUGUCACCGGAGAUUGCGUGAAUGUGCGACCGCGUUCUAGCACGUCAUUAUUUUUGCGACUGUCUGGUGCUCUGGCUGAGGUGAGUGGGACGGCUGUUUUUUUUUUUUAAGGCUCGAGCCUAACGAACAUUAGAUUGAGUGUUACUCUUGUCAGGUUCUGGGCUGUUUGCAGAAAAGCACUCGUUGUGCUGAGGGUUGCAUGCCUGGCAACCCGCGCUGGUUGCCGUAGACGACCGUUUCGGGUAUGAAUUGCAUUCAGCAUCGGGGGUGUAUUGCUGCUUGACUUCCUGCUUAUCAUGACUGUUCAUCUCUUGCCGACUGGACGAGUGGCGCGAUCUCCGCAUGUUUGGCACGGUGAGCCCGGAGCAGGAGGGCUAGUUGUCCAAUUUUGGUGACGGUUCCUGAUGAGACACAGUGUGUGGUCUGCAAUCCAUAGUGAUUGGUCUUAGUUGACGUGAUUGAGUGUGAAGUGUGGUGCACGUGUGGGUGCUCCUUUACCAUCGCUAAGACUAGCGACGUCUGGCACUAGCCCAUCCUGCUUCUGGUGAUCACGAGCCCUGUGAGCUGUUAUUGUGUGAGGUUCUAGUUAACCUAACUGACUGGCACACCAGCAUUUUUAUCUUUGUCUAAAUAAAGAAUCUUUUUUGUAUUUUUCUAUAUCCACGUCUCAGAGUCUUUAUAUAAGGGAGACACCGAACCUGUGUGUCUUUAAUAGGACACUUUCCCUGGCUUAGCGACCAGGGUGGCGUAGUCGAUGUUCUUUCUGGUUCUCUCUCUCUUUUGUACUGCCCGCCACAUUUGGCGUAUAGUCGGCAGGGUUUCCUUUUUUUUUUGAUCUGAGGCGUGGAUAUAUUUGUUGUUGUUGUUUUUUCUUAGGUGUUGGGAGCAGGACAGCAGCGGGGACAGUGACCACAGGUAACUCUAUUUGGGGGUUCUUGACUAGUUUUCCUUCUAUUGGGUUUUGUGGACAUGGAAGACGAGUUGCAAGAAUUGAGGGAGCUCGUGGCCCAAUUACGAGCUGAUAAUGCAAAGUUGCGGCAAGAUCAAGCUCUUGCAGGGCCUUCAGAUCUGGGCCAUGGUUCCAACGUACCUAGUCCGUCAAUUGCUCCUCUUCAGGCUAUUGAUGUGGGUACUAUUCCUACGGAAAGGUACGUUUUUAUACCGAGGGACCGAAGGUGCCCUAAAUUUAAUGGUAGAUCUGGUAUAGGAAUUAACGAAUGGGUUGAGGAGGCACAGGCCUGCAUGCGGUCCCGUCAUUUUUCCACAGCCGACAAGGCCUUCUUUCUUUUCGACCAUUUAGAGGGGGAGGCACGUGAUGAGAUAAAGUAUAGGCCUGUUGGGGAGCGGGAAGAUCCCGAAAAGAUUAUUACGGCUUUGAAAGAAGUGUAUGGCUGCUCUAAAUCAUAUGUUGCCUUGCAGGAGGCCUUUUUCUCCAGGAGGCAACAUGAUGGUGAGACUCUGUUGGAGUUUUCACUUGCUUUAAUGAGCCUUUUGGAGCAAGUCAAGCAGCAAUCGCCUACGGUCAUGUCAAAUACCGAAACCUUGCUUCGUGAUCAAUUCGUGGAGCAUGUGGCCGAUAGUGCUCUUCGCCGCGAGCUUAAACAGUUGGUUCGGCGUCAACCUAGUGCCACUCUGUUGGAGGUUCGCAGGGAAGCUAUUAGGUGGGAGCAGGAGGGCAUGCUGGGUGGGGCAAGAGGCCGCAGUCAUUCUCUCCCCUCGGCACAUGGUUUUCAAUACGGUGUACAGGGUGUUCGUCCGGGUGGUUGUGACUCUCCUCAGCGGUCUGAGAUGGGUGAGUUGAGAGAGAUGUUAAAAUUGCAGCAACAGCAGCUAACUCAACUCACACAAAAUCUAGCUCGGUUACAGGACCCGUUUCAGCGUUCUCGUAGUCAAACUCGUCCUUUUCGCAACAGUUCGGUUAUCUGUAGAAGGUGUCAAAAACCGGGGCAUUUUGCGAGGGAGUGCGACGGGGAACGCGUUCCAUGUCGGGCUCCCGCUUCUAGAAGAGACGAUCCGGGGGCCAGUGAGGGGGAGUUGCAUCAUUCAGGCCCGUUGCCAUCGGAAAACUAGCCCCCGCUGAGUUGCAGAGCCACAGCUCGGUGGGAGGGAACAUCGGCUCAGAUGUGUUGGAGAUUCCUGACCCCAUGUUAAAUUUGAUGUCACCUUGCCCUCAUAUUAAUGCUCUUAUGGGUGGCAUUCCAGUACCAUGUUUGAUCGAUACUGGGUCAAUGGUAUCUACUCUUACGGAGAGUUGCUUUUUAAAGUACUUUGAGCCAUGGGGACAGGAACGCCUUCGGACCUGUCAAUGGUUGCAACUUAAGGCUGCAAAUGGACUUUCCAUUCCAUAUAUAGGAUAUAUGGAAUUGGAUGUUGAGCUUUGCGGGAAAUUAGUACCGCAAUGUGGUGUGCUAGUGGUCAAAGAUCCUCCGGGUGGCAUGAGUGCUAAGGUCCCUGGAGUUUUGGGGAUGAAUGUACUGGGUAGGUGUUACCAGGGACUCUUGGGACAACAUGGCCCCUCCCUUUUUGAAUUUCCGCCAGUAGCGAAUGCUCCCGGCUCUGUUGUUCGGGCAUUGCAAUAUUGUCACCAAACCAGCGCUUGUCCUCCAGUUGUGGAAACGGGUCCGGUUAAGACCCGCGGCCCUCGGGCAUACCGCAUACCUGGUGGCACCAUUAAGCUGGUAGCCGCAACUUGUUCGGAGCAUUAUUCUAACGUUACUGCGCUCCUUGAACCUCCAGAAUUUGGGCUCCCUAUGGGGUUAUUGGUUUCUCCUGCUUUGGUUCGAGUGGUUAAGGGCACUGUUUAUGUUCCAGUGGUUAAUGUAGGGAGUGCUGAUGUUUUGCUUUUCCCUCGCCGAGUAAUAGGCACUUUAACGAAUGUGAAUGUGGUCAGUUUGCCCCCAGGCGUCACUGAAGUGAAGUCUAUUUCCUGUAGGAUGUGGUCCAUCACCCCGCAAGUGAGUAUUCCAACGGUUCCAGGCCAAAUUGAUGCGUUGGACUUGUCCCUCCUGUCCAGCGAUGAGCAACGUAAGGUUAGGGCUCUCUUGGUGAAGUAUCAGUCGGUAUUUUCUGCUUUUGAAGGGGAUUUGGGGUGUACUAAUAUCAUUGCACACGAUAUUCCACUUAUAGAUGACACCCCAGUUCGACAACGGUAUCGGCGAAUCCCCCCAUCGGAGUAUGAAGUGGUAAGAGCACACAUUAAUCAGC